CCGCGCGAGUUUCGUUCGAUAAAGCGUCUCAAAAAGUUUCGUGCCAAGUGGAACGAGCCGCAACAUCACGUUUUUAGAAUGACUAUAAGAUGGUGGCCAAACCUCUACUGAUAUUAUUGCCGAUACUCCUGCCUUACGUAUAUGUGCAUGGUUUUCCAAAAAAGAUUCCGAUAGUAGGGCUAUUCGAUCAAGAUGAAGCAAUCCAGCAGAUGUUCGAAUCAUCAGUGAGAACUGUGAACAAACAUAGACAUGAGGACCAAGAACUUUCAAAUGUAUUCUUCCUAGCGGAAACGGAAAAGGUUCAAGUGGACUUAUUCGAAGUAUCAUCGAAAGUAUGCGAUCUAGUAGAGCCGGGCAUAGCGGGUGUUUUUGGACCUCAAGAAAAAAUAAUCGCCGAGCACGUGCAAAGUAUAUGCGAUGCGAUAGAAGUACCACACAUCUCUGUACGAGAAGAUCUUGACCAAUCCUUUAAACAACGCGGAAUAGGUCUGAAUCUGUAUCCGCAUGUGAACUCGUUAUCAAGAAUUUAUAAUCAAUUAGUCACAGAGUUGAAAUGGAAAACUUUUGCAAUACUGUACGAGAAUACCGAUAGUCUGAUUCGCAUGCGUCAACUGCUGAAGCGAUGGGAUGCACAUGGGAAUUUUGUAUUUAUGUACCAUUUAGGCUAUGAACCGAAUUAUAGGAAAGGAAUGCAGGAAAUCAAAGCAACAAACAUAGAACAUAUUAUCAUCGACUGCUCAUAUGAAAUUCUCAACGAGGUUCUGAAGCAAGCUCAACAAGUUGGGAUUUUAUCCGAUAAAUAUAAAGUGAUUGUAACUUCUCCGGAUCUACAAACCUUGGAUUUAGAACCAUAUCAGUUUUCUGGUGUCAAUUUAACUGGCAUUCGUCUGAUCGAUUCGGAAGAUCCGAUAGUGCUGCAAAUCUUGGACAGGCAUAAGAAUGAAUGGGGUCUAGACAAUCCUUCGCAGCUGAGAAUCGAACAUGCGCUCAUGUACGAUGCAGUUCAAUUAUUUGCAAGAGCUUUCAAACAAUUGAAGGAUGCUACAAAGGGCGAUGUUAAAAAAUUGUCAUGUGAUGAUAAUAGCAGGUGGGAACACGGACUGAGCUUAAGCAACUUUAUGAGAUCGACCGAAACAAGAGGUUUAACGGGCCUUGUCAAAUUUGACAGAGAUGGUUUCCGUAGUAACAUAGAAUUGGAUAUCGUACGUUUGACUGAAAAUGGUCUAGUAAAAAUUGGUGAAUGGAACAGUACAACAGGGGAAAACAUCGAUUGGCUUCCAGAAAUCAAUCCAAAAUCAGAAGCUAAACUGAACAUACAAAAUAAAACAUUUACCGUUUUAAUAUCUCUUACGUCUCCAUAUGGCAUGCAAAAAGAAUCAAUGACUACGUUGAGCGGCAACGAGCGUUACGAAGGUUUCGCAGUCGAUAUCAUACAAGCCAUAAGUACAAUACUCGAAUUUAAUUAUACCUUACAAGUGGAAGCGGAUUAUGGAUCUUUGAAAGACGGAAAGUGGUCUGGUAUGCUUGGAAAAAUUAUGGCUGAUGAAGCAGAUCUGGCCAUCACGGAUCUUACUAUCACAUCGACACGGGCAACUUACUUUGAUUUUACAACGCCAAUUAUGAAUUUAGGAAUUAGUAUUUUAUAUCGAAAACCAAGUAAAGCACCUCCAAAUCUAUUUUCAUUUCUAUCACCUUUCUCCAACGACGUCUGGCUUUAUUUAAUUGGUACUUACGUGAUAGUAUCGCUGUUACUAUACGUAACCGGGAGACUAUGUCCUGCAGAAUGGAGCAAUCCUUAUCCUUGCAUUGAAGAACCCGAAGUACUUGAAAACCAAUUUUCUUUUAAAAACGCCUUCUGGUUUGCUAUAGGUGCCAUUAUGCAACAAGGAAGCGAAAUAGCACCCAUAGGCAUUUCUACAAGGAUGAUUGCAAGCUGUUGGUGGUUCUUUUGCCUAAUAAUGGUGUCAAGUUAUACAGCCAAUCUAGCGGCGUUUCUAACUAUAGAAACUGUAACAUCGCCUUUUGAUAAUGUUGAAGAAUUAGCAAGAAAAAAAACUAUUAAAUACGGCGCAAAAAAGAAGGGAGCCACGCUCAAUUUUUUCGGGGAUAGCAAUCACACAAUAUACAAAGACAUGUACAAAUACAUGAUGGAAAAUGAGAACGACGUACUAGUAGCGGAAAAUUACGAAGGGUUACACAAAGCCAAAUACGAAGAUUAUGCGUUUCUAAUGGAAUCUGCUUCAAUUGAAUAUCUGAUAGAGAGACAUUGUGAUGUCACACAAAUAGGAGGACUUUUGGAUGAAAAGGGAUAUGGCAUAGCAAUGAAAAAGAACUCACCAUAUCUGCACAACAUAAAUUCUGCUGUGUUGAAGUUAUCGGAAGGCGGAAUUAUACAGGAAAUCAAAAAGAAAUGGUGGACACAAAAGAGAGGCGGAGGAAAAUGUCAGGAAAGUGCUGGAACCAGUCAAGCAGAACGACUAGGUCUUGACAAUGUGGGUGGUGUAUUCUUGGUACUCACCGUAGGCGUCGCCUUAUCCUGUGUAUACACUAUAAUUGAAUUACUUUGGGAUGUUGCCCGAACAUCCAUUCGAGAAAAUGUGUCUUUUAAGGAAGAAUUAAUAAAUGAACUAAAAUUUAUCGCGAAAUGCAGUGGUUCUAAACCGGUGCGAAAAAAAAGUGAAUUAUCAAGCAAAAACGAAAAUGACAGUACAAGGGGAUGUACUCCUCCAUACGGUUUUGUGCCAACAGUAAUAAGAACGUCACCAAUUGACAACAAAUAAUAACAAAAUAAGUCGUAAAUAAUAAAGAGAGAGGCUACUUAUUCAAACAUAAUUAAUAUUUUUUAGUUCUUAAUGGCUCUCAGGAGAUAACGAAUUGAAUCGUUAAACUAACAUGAAAACAU